CAGGGGCUUGACGGUGGUCAGGUGACCCGCAGCAGGCAGGCCAUUCUCGGCUUCCCCUGGCUUUGGCUCCAAUGUCGGAGGUGUUUGUGCCUGGAAGAAAUGGACUCUGGCAAUGCAAGAAUUUAAUCAUUCAGAGGUCCGAACAGUUGACUCCGUGAAUGGCGCCAAAACAGGACCCUAAACCGAAAUUUCAAGAAGGUGAAAGAGUCCUGUGCUUUCACGGGCCAUUGCUCUAUGAAGCAAAGUGUGUCAAGAUCAACGUAAAGGAUAAGCAGAUUAAAUACUUCAUUCAUUACAGCGGAUGGAACAAAAACUGGGAUGAAUGGGUUCCUGAAAGCAGAGUUCUCAAAUAUGUGGACAGCAACCUUGCCAAACAAAAAGAGCUUCAAAAGGCCAAUCAGGAUCAUUAUGUUGAGGGAAAGAUGAGGGGCUUAGCACCAAGCAAGAAGAUUGCUGCUGUGCAGCAGAAAAAUGUUGAUCUGAAAGUGAAAAAGGCAAAACAGAAGACCCCAGGGCCAGGUGAAGGUACCAGCAGCGGCGAGAUGCCCCAGGGGCCACGAAAGAAGAGGGCUCGGGUUGAUCCCACAGUGGAGAGUGAGGAGAUGUUCACCAACCGUGUGGAAGUGAAGGUGAAGAUCCCAGAGGAGUUGAAACCCUGGCUGGUGGAUGACUGGGACCUCAUUACCCGACAGAAACAGUUAUUUCAUCUGCCAGCUAAGAAGAAUGUAGAGACCAUCUUGGAGGACUAUGCAAACUACAAGAAAUCAAAAGGAAACUCGGACAAUAAGGAAUAUGCUGUGAGUGAAGUGGUGGCAGGGAUCCGGGAGUACUUCAACGUCAUGCUGGGCACUCAGCUGCUUUACAAGUUUGAGAGGCCGCAGUACGCCGAGAUCCUGGCCGAACACGCGGAUGUGCCAAUGUCUCAGGUGUAUGGAGCACCGCACCUGCUGCGUCUGUUUGUUCGUAUUGGAGCCAUGCUGGCCUACACUCCCCUGGAUGAGAAGAGUCUGGCUCUGUUGCUCAGUUACCUCCAAGAUUUCCUCAAGUACCUGGUAAAGAAUUCAUCGACCCUUUUCAGUGCCAGCGACUAUGAGGUCGCACCCCCAGAGUACCACCGCAAAGCUGUGUGAGAGCUCUCAGCAAACCUCUUUCCUAUUGAGACACCUCAUCCCACUCUCCCAGACCACAACUGAAAUAUCCGUGACUACCCUUUGGAUCGCAGUCUUUGGCGAUAUUUUUCACUUGAACUGAUUUGCUUCCCCCGCCAGGGUCUCAGGAGCUCGUCACGGUUAAGAAGAAAAAAAAAUUGUGAAACCUUUUUAACUGAGUCACUUUUCUUUUUUCCCCUUUUCCUUUUCAUGUACCUUUUUUUUUUUUCAUAUAAAAGUGUAGUUCUUCAUCGUCCGUUACCACAGAGCAGCUCUUCUGUGUUUUUGCAUUCCAGCUGAUAGAUAUUUGUUGCAUGUGGGUAUUUAUUGGUGUUUCUUCGGCCAAAUGAGGUGCAGUUUAAUGCUGGUCCUCAGUCAGUGUUCAGCAGUUAAUGUUUUUGUAUCUGUAUCUUGUGUAUUUGUAUCAGUUUGUAAAAAGAAAAAAAAAUAUAUAUGUUUAUACACAGUA